AUGCAAGCGCACGCCGGCUUGACCGAAGACUUGUUAGCCUCUUCCGAAGCAAACAAAGAAAUGAACGACAAGAAGCGCGCGAUGACCUCUUCUGCUAACUUUGCUCGAUCCAGAACUGUCACGGAUGGCUCUUGCAAGUUCCCGGACAACUUGUUGGGUUGCGAAAACGCCGCCGAGUUUGGCAACGUCAAGUUUUUGUCUGACGAUAUCAAAUUAGAAUGCGAAGGUACCAGAUCUGGCAAGAUCUGCGCCUCGGAAGGCAGCUUUGCCGGUUCCAGAGGUGGGUCCGUCUUUGGUUUGUAA